CGCCGCGCAUUCCGGCAGCGGCAGACAACGCGGCACGAUCAAGCCGAGUUAAUCGUCAUCGAACAACCUCACUUCGUCGCAUCCACUUAGAGUGUGUACCACGCUGACUGUACGCACCGUCACAGCGAAGUCAAAGAAAUAGGAUCGGAUAUGGGCGUCGUUAAGACCGCUUCUGAGAGCGUCCUCGAGGAAACUAUCGUUCCUAGCGAGGAAGCGAAUUAUUCUGUGCAAGGCCACGCCGAAGAAUGGACGGAAACGUUUCCGUAUCAGCUGCUGGUUGGAACGGGAGUAGCGUUGAUGGCUCUAUUACUGUUAGCCGCCGUGAGCUUCCAAUGUUCUUCUACCUGGCGAUGGUUAAUGAGGGUGAGACGGCACAUGAAGGAGCAAGACGCUGAGAGCGACCUAUCGCAACAAAACGCUAUACGUAUCAGUCAUUCUCUGCCGGAUCUCCAAUCAGAGCCAAUCACUCACGAGUACGUCCAAGAGCAAAAAGAUAGCAAAAAGGUAUUGCGCCAGACGACCCUACCCAUUGUACCGAUGAGACACCAGAGUUUUCAAAGACAACUCUCCCAUCGUCUCGAUCUACCGAUUAAGUUUAGCAUUUGCAGUCUGGAGAAUCGUAGCGAUUCCAGCCUUGGCUUAAUCAAGCCGGAACUUUACAAAAAGGAGCUGGGACAAGAGGACGCGGAUAGUUGCAGUACCACGGAGAUGGAAUACGCUGGCAAGCUACAUUUUGCUUUACGCUAUGACAAGGAGAUGGAGGGUCUUGUGGUCAAAAUUCUAGAAGCUCGAGAAUUACCAGUGAAGGAUGUGACAGGUAGCAGCGAUCCUUAUGUUAAAGUGUAUCUUUUACCAGACCGAAAGAAGAAGUAUCAGACGAAAGUGCAUCGAAAGAAUCUAAAUCCCGUGUUCAACGAAACUUUUAUAUUCAGUGUAUCGUAUGAAGAACUGAGGGAGCAGUAUCUUCAGUUUUCCGUUUACGACUUCGAUCGAUUUUCCCGGAACGAUUUAAUCGGGCAAGUGGUAUGGAAGGAACUGCUGGACUGCACCGACCUCGAACAAGAGAUUGAGUAUACGAUGGACAUUCUGUGCGCCAUGCAGGACAAAGUGGACUUGGGAAAAUUGAUGCUGUCGCUCUGCUACCUACCGACUGCUGGCCGGCUAACAGUGACUGUAAUUAAAGCGAGAAACUUGAAAGCUAUGGAUAUAACAGGAUCGUCAGACCCAUACGUGAAGGUGUACCUGCUGUGCCAGGACAGACGAAUCAAAAAGAAGAAGACAUCUGUGAAAAAGAACACGUUGUUUCCCGUGUACAACGAGAUCUUGGUGUUCGACGUACCGGCGGAAAACAUCGAGGACGUCAGUCUCAUAGUAAAAGUAAUCGAUUACGACAGAAUCGGUUCGAACGAAUUAAUGGGCUGCACAGCGAUUGGCGCUGAUUUCAUUGGUAUUGGACGCGAACAAUGGCUAAAAAUGCUGGAGAAUCCAAGGAAACCGGUGACGCAAUGGUAUCCACUGAUGGAAACGGUUCCUGGCCAUAUUCCAGCUGUGAGUUCGGAACCUCUUCCAGUGAGUCUGAGUUGCUUGAACAGCAGAUGAAAACAGCACGGCUGGAAUAAGUAUCGCGGGAAGUCGCAGUUCUUGUCGGACGUCGGCUUGGGCGUUGUUUCCUUCUGUCGUCAUUUAAUGCACACCGCUUGACUGACUUAAGUACAAUUUCUAUCUUAAAAAAGGAGGGUUCGAGAAAGAAACACGAAAGAAACAAAACAAACCAAACCAAAAAUAAAAAAAAGCAAAAAUGUAAAAAAAAUCAGAAAAAAGACAUAACACACUCUGUGCUUUUUGGAAUAUAAUCAAGCGUGGCGAGCGUGAAAUAGUAAACAAACAGUAGAUCGUAGUAGAAUGUUUGUAAAAGCGUAAUAUGAUAGCGGAGUUGAUGGAUGGCCAGGUUGCUCAAACUAUCUUUGCAAAAAAAGUAACGAAAAAAUAUACAUAUAUAUAAGUAUAAAAAAAACAAUAUUAAGAAAGAGAGUAAGAGAGCAAGAUAGAAAUAAAAGAUAGAAUAGUUUAUUUUUUGAGAACGAAUCCAGGCUGGUCCUGUAUUCAAGCGUACACACGAAUACGAAAUAUAGUUUAACAACUAUACCACGAGCAUAUAUAUUUUAUCAUCAAGAGAAAAGAGAUUCAUUGACCCAGUAGAUGGUUGAGAAUGGAGCAAAAUUUUAUGAUGAUCCAAAAUAAAGGAACGCGCGAAUUGUUCGCUACUCGAUACUUUCACAAACACCUUUUUAUCAAUCGAACAAUACGACCAAGAUACCAGGAUAACGAUUGGGAUCCCUAUAGACACGUGAAAUUUCUACAGACAAUAUUGGAAAAUAAUUGUCUGGCGGAAUAUAAAGAAUAGUAGAAUUGUGAAUAGAGAAAAUGAGCUUUGCUAUAUACACAGCACUUCGAAAUAAUCGGUAAGAACAAAAGGAACGAAAGGUAAUACUCGUCGGCGAUUUAAAAUUUAUUUGUAUAGCAUUAUCUUUGCUUCCUUAACUGUACCUGAAUUGUAAAUCUUCUUUCAUUUGGAUAUUAGUAUCCUUUGCUGUUCAAAAAUAUUGUUACAAAUAAUUUGUAUUUUACGAAACAGAAAUAUUCUGCUAUAAGCUCCGAUUCAGUCGGAUCAUUUAUCUCUGCAUGCCUAUGUAACGAGUAUCGUAAAUAUUUAAACUCGCUGAGAUCUACAAAUACGAUGUCAACAACGCAUAAAGUUUGUUAGUUAUACAAUGUGAAACAUAUAUGGUUGCAUAUUACUUAUGUACGUGACACUAUUGCACAGCAAUUAUGCUGCACUCGUUGGCUUGCUAUACAAUAUACGAAAUAAACAACACGAUACAUACAAUAAUCGCUUCAGAUAGUGAUCUUCGUGAAAUCCACCGGAUGGAUCCUAUCGUGUAAUCAAAGCACCUCUUUCGUGCUUCCGAAGUUAACUCUUUCUGUCGAUUAAUCUAUGCAUGAUGCCACGAGGAAAUAUUCUAAGGACAAUAACCGAUUUAACCAGAUAAAUCCUGUAGACUUCGAAUAGAGCAAUAUUUCCUAAACGUAAACGUAUCCGUGAACGUUACUAAUCGUUGUUCUAUGUGAAUCGUGUGACACGAACACAACGGGAAGCAACCAAACGAAGAGCAGGAUAAUAUAGACGAAAAAACAAGAUAAAAAUAGAUGUAGCGAAAGCGACGUUUACUAAUUCACGCUCCUACGCCAAUUUCGCGCAAAUGUUCUUAUUUAACGCGAUACGUGUUUCGGUAUGAGGCUCGUCGAAGGGCACUGUUUGUGAUAACGCGCCCGGAGGUACGUGCAUUCAUAUGAAACGAACAAAUAAACACACAUACAGAAACGAGCGAGUACAGUCCUUUCAAGGAAAGUGUGUAAUGUAAUGACAAUGAUAUCAUUACGUUUAAGAGUUUGUAUCGGUGAAGGCCGUUGUAGGUAAUUUCUAUUAUGGCGCCUGUCUACCUCAGCUAUCCUUUUCUCGGAAAAGGAAGGAAGGAGAGGAUUUCUUGGGAAUCUUAUAGAUUUAGGAGAUUUAGAAGGUAAGCGUUCUUAAUGGUAAUUCAAAAAAUACAAAAUUGUGGAAAAGUCGUGAAAUCGACUAGUAUGAGAAAAAGAGAGAGAGAGAGAGAAAGAAAUAGAGACGUUCUAAGUUAAUAAAGAAAAGUUAAAGGAGCGUCUCGUAGAGGCAUGGAUAAUUUAUUUAGGAACAUUUAUCGAACUUUAUUGUAAUACAUGUGUAUCUACUCGGUAACGUUGCAUGCACGUGCGAAGGGCUGCGUCGUAAAGAAAUGAAUCAACGCGAACGAUGCGGAGCGUGUAUAUCACAAGUAUACAAGCGACAUUAUGAUGUAUCGUAAGAAACAUGUAUAACAGGUAUAAUAACCAAGUAUAAAAUUGAAGAACACGGGGAGAGGAAAGUGAAAGAGGAGCGCGCGUAAAAUGGUACCAAUUGUCACGCGUCUAUUGAUACCUCGAUCGACCGCGAUGGCUCGUACUUUAUGUCGGUUAACGAUCGAUCAGCCAUGAAAAGUACAGAAACUGCAUUCUUGCAUGUACAUGGGCGUCUUUGGAAGACAGACGGAUGAGGAGGAUCGUCGAGAAGCGAGCAAUCAAUGUAUACGUAAGACAAAAUAAUUGCCUGCUUAAUUAUUAAGGUAUGAGAUUUCGUUUGUAAAGACACUCUGUGUUCCAUGUAGUUGAAAGUAUAUCUAACCUGUAUCGAAACAUAGAUUACUGUGCAAGAAGUACUAUAGAAUGAUAAUUUUUUGAACUAAUUGCAAAAGAAAAUGGUGAUAACAUAAGUACAGUAGAGACACGAUAAAAAUGUGCCAAGCCGCAAAAUAGUGUAGUAUCGUAGAAAGUAGCGCAGAACGUCAUAAGCUUUUAGUGGUUAAUCCUCGGAGCAUAUACACGCAUAUAUACGUAUAUUUGUAUAAUCGUUGUACUAAUACGCGUAUCCAGUCAAUUUGAUAGUUUAGCUGCCGGUGAGUUUUUCGAGAUCGUCCUUUGAGAUUCCAGCGACGCCCAUCGUUGGUUACACGGCAGACAAAAUUAACAUAACUAUUAUAUUCUUUCGUACGAAUUACAAGCAUUGUACUACAGACUGAACUUAUCCGAACAAUUUCAUACGGUGAACGUAAUUACCGCGAUGCCUGCAUCGUUUUGCAAUUGGAGUAGCCGUUCAAACGUACUGAGACUGAAGAACGUUCUUUUCUAUGUAUAUGCAAGGAAUAGAUACAUGGUAGAAUAGAUCUGUAAUAUCAUAAUACUGUAGCUAAGGUCAGCAGUAUUCACUAGUGAAGGUUACUGAGGGAUAAGUGUUACUAGAUAUAAGUGCUACUAACAGAAAAGUAGUCACAGAAAACGUGUUCUUAUAGACAUGGGGAACUAUGAAGAGGAAUAUAAUAUUGCGAAAAAAGAGGAACCGAGCUACAGCAACAGAUAUCAUUAAAAUUUACGAUCAGUGCUGUCUGAUUACAUGUAACAUCUUUCAUAUGGCUUUGCUAUACUGCAGUAUAUCCCUAAUUGCUUUGCAGUAGGAUUUCAACCUCGCCGAUAUUUUCCAAUCCCGUGCUCCCUUCCGUAUUUUCCUCUUCAAUACUUUCUUGUUCAUUUUCUACUUAUAAUUUCUUUAACAAUAGCCAACUAUAUUUCAUGUUCUCCUAUUAGUGAGUAAAAUUAGCGUCCUGGUUUCUCAAACAAGUCCAGGUAAAGGAUUGAGACAGUAUUAAUUUUAAGUCGAGUAAUAUCCUUUCAGCAACCGAUGCUGGUAGCUAUUAUUAUAACAUUGAAUACGAGAAUUAGUUAAAAGUUAGCGACGCCCGAUGUAAGUGAAGUCGUCGACCUGCGUGAUACUCAUCGUCAGUAUAUGAAUUCUUUUCAAUCUGGCAUUUUUCUAUUCGUUCCUGUAUACUAUUAUUGUGCGUCAGUGUUCGAGUUAGCGGGUUACUUUUUUUGUACCGUAAUCGGAUUUUUCGAGUAACGUCGAACGAUACGAUGUCGUUUCACUUCGCAUCGUUCCAUUGGAUUUGUCAAACCGAUGAAAUAUCGAUCGUGGAUGAUCGAUAUGUGUGGGAUGCGCAUGCAUAUCAUAUCACGAGACGAACGGGCUGACGAGUAUUUACAUAUUUCACUGGACAAGUGAUUUUCGAAUGGAGAGAGUAACCCGGUACCGCUGGUAACAUGUACCUAUUUUCUAACGAGUGUGUAUAAUCUAUAUUGUAUAUCCGGGCACGCCAGUGUCCUCUUGUGAUUGUGAAUGAAAUAAAUAAAUCGGUACCAUAUAGAACUAUGUUUCUUGAAAACCUAUUCCAAUGAUUUUUUGUCGAUUAUUUUUAAACAAAAUUAAAAUAAAUACCUUGAAAUCUUGUUCAUGGUCAUCGAGGUCAUGUAAAUGGCACUGAAGGCCGCUUCAAGGUUAGUGAGUGCCCAUCAAUCAAUGUAGAUUUUAAUCAUUAGAGUAUCUAAUACAACAGUGAAAGUGAAAGUAAAUGAAAAACCAUCUGCAACAUCAAAUGUACUUUUCAUUUAUUUGACUACUUAUCUUUACAGAUUAGUCUACCUUAUGCUAAGAUACAACUUUCCCAUUAUGUUACCUCUAAUCGAAACGUUACGAUAAUACUAAGUAUAAAAUAAGCAAUAGAGCUUAUAUUGGUAUGUAGCAAUGACUUAAGUACCUCUACUUAAUAGUACUUUGUUAAAAGUGCCGGGAAUUAACCUGCGUCGCCCGUGUCUUCGACGAGACUGACCGACGUAUGAUGUCGCAGUUACAAUUUUGGCUUUCGAUCGGAAAUCAUAUUUAGACAAGCAUCGAGGUUUCAUUUAAAACUGUAAUUAAUUUUGCAGUCAUUUAUUCGUCGAUCGAACAUCGAUCCAUCUUUGUUUUUAUUAUUAUUAUUAUUAUUAUUUUAAUAUUUUUUUCUUUUUGUUUCAUUUUAUGGCGUUCUACGUAUCAUCUACAUCGCGUCGUAAGUUGUGAAAAAGUUAGGCCAUAUUAUUAUCUUUCUUCGUAUCUCGAUUAUUUUUCUUUUUUGCAUUUCUUUUCUCUACUCCCCCCCCCCCCCCCCUCCACGCUAUAAUUUUUCCUUUUAUACUUUUUGCCACACUUCACCCCCAAUUUGCUAAUCGAACAUUCUCAGAGCGAAUAUUAGGAUUCUAAAUGCUGGCUUGAAAUUACGAUUAACAAUGGACAUGGCGUAACGUGGUGGUGAAAUAUACAUUAUGCAUACAUAGAAAACAAUAUGCCGCGGAACGAUGUUCAGUCUUUGAAGAAAUGUAACUGCAGUGAUUAAAUUGGUUUAUUUGUGUUGUGAACCGGAUGGGCUUAAGCUUAAUCCAGAGCGGAUGGCUCGUGUAGCAUUACAAAUGCUGUACAAUUAUUUAAAUCGUAUCGCUUACCAUAAGAAACGGACUCACGAUUAUAAAACACUACUUGACGCAGAUGAACUCGAUGAUCACGUUUAAACAAUCGCAGUUCUACAUGAUUUCGCUACAUGUCCUUAUUAUUCUCUGUGUGUAUGUGUUUCUUCUUCAUCAUCGUAUUUUUCUCUGUUUGCAUUAUUAUUAGUUUUAGUUUUCUCUCUACAAUCUCGCAUAUAUUGACUUUUAUCGAUUGAUUGGAAAAUUAUUUCGCGUUCGAGAAGAAGCUCGCAACGACGGUACAGUUUCCCCUUUCACGAAACAAUCGCCAAGGAUUUCGAAUCCAAAUUGCACGGAUACACGUUUCGAUCUUCCUCGCUAUCGAAUCGAUUCCACGUCGUCGUCACGAUUUUCUUCAACCGCGGCGCAGUUAAAUACUGAAGAGGUUACGAUUCUAACGACUAAGCGUCCGAGUAAGUGUUAUCCCGUGACAUUUAUGCGCUUGUCCCUCUCAUCCGCCCGUGAUUACGCUUAGAACGUUUGGUUAAAUCCGUACGUAAGUACUUCUACGGGCAGUUCCGUAUGUAAACGAACCGUUUAAUCUUCUUGUGUAUUUAUUUUCUUCCACCUAUUUCUUCCUUUACAUUUUUCUCUUCCUUUUUUGUAUUCUUACCUUUUUGCGUAAUUUUUCUCCUAACAUCUUGCAUGUGGUUCGUAAUUACCUCGCACUUUCUUGAUGAUUCACGGUAAAUAACGCAAACAUCGUCUUUUCUUGGCUCGAUUUGGAAACCAUCGGACGAACCCUAACUCGUUCUCGAAUUGUACAAAUCUUUGUUUCUUUUUUUUUAUUUUACCUUCUUCGUGCUCGCUUUUUCUUUUGUAUCGUUCGCGUCUACCGAUUCAAUUAUUAUAAUAUUUCUUAAUAAGUAUACAUGUCAAAAUGCAUUCACAAACGCGUGUGAUGUCAAGAA